UCAGGUGGGGCUGCCGGUCCUUUUGCUAGUCCCAGGCUCGGCAGGCUACGUUUACCUCACAGCUUCUCACAGAGCGAAGCGCCGCAAAGUUUUGACAUUUUGGCAACGGAGACGCACACUGGUUCUCUCCGGCUGACAGCUGUGGCGGCAGCCGACUCCCGAGGGCGGCUCAGUCGCAAGCCCUAGGUUCUCCCGCCGCCCGCAGUCCGGAGGCCACGAGGCCCCGCCGCGUCCUCCCGAGCUCGCCCUCCCGGAGGCUGCAGCCAUGUCUCGGGGGCCGGAGGAGGUGAACCGGCUCACGGAGAACACGUACCGGAAUGUUGUGGAACAAUUCAAUCCUGGACUACGAAACUUAAUAAACCUAGGAAAAAAUUAUGAAAAAGCAGUGAAUGCUAUGAUCCUGGCAGGAAAAGCCUACUACGACGGAGUGGCCAAGAUUGGGGAAAUUGCCACUGGGUCUCCUGUGUCAACAGAACUAGGCCAUGUUCUCAUAGAGAUUUCCAGCACCCACAAGAAACUCAACGAGACUCUCGAUGAGAAUUUCAAAAAAUUCCAUAAGGAGAUUAUCCAUGAGUUGGAGAAGAAGACAGAACUUGAUGUAAAGUACAUGAACGCUACUCUUAAAAGAUAUCAAGCAGAACACAGGAAUAAAUUAGAUUCUUUGGAGAAAUCUCAGGCGGAGUUGAAGAAGAUCAGAAGAAAAAGUCAAGGGGGACGAAACGCACUCAAAUAUGAACACAAAGAAAUCGAGUAUGUGGAGACGGUCACCUCUCGCCAGAGUGAGAUCCAGAAGUUCAUCGCAGAUGGCUGCAAAGAAGCGCUGCUUGAGGAGAAGAGGCGCUUCUGCUUUCUGGUGGACAAGCACUGCAGCUUUGCCAGUCACAUACACCGCUAUCACCUGCAGUCUGCAGAAUUACUUAACUCCAAGCUGCCCCGGUGGCAGGAAACCUGUUGUGAUGCCACAAAAGUCCCAGAGAAAAUCAUGAACAUGAUAGAAGAGAUAAAGACGCCCAUCUCUACCCCAGUGUCCGGGACGCCACAGCCAUCGCCCAUGACCGAGAGAAGCAAGAUGAUUGGGAAAGACUACGACACCCUUUCUAAAUACUCACCGAAGAUGCCCCCCGCUCCUUCAGUCAAAGCCUACACCAGUCCUCUGAUUGACAUGUUCAACAACCCUGCCACGGUUGGACAGAGCACAGAGAAAGCCAACAACUCCACAGCAAACAGUGGGGACGAUCCCAGUUUACAGCGGUCGGUCUCUGUUGCAACUGGGCUGAACAUGAUGAAGAAGCAGAAAGUGAAGACCAUCUUCCCUCACACCGCUGGCAACAAUAAGACCUUACUGAGCUUUGCCCAGGGGGACGUCCUCACACUGCUCAUUCCCGAGGAGAAGGACGGCUGGCUCUACGGGGAGCAUGACACCACCAAAGCGAGGGGCUGGUUCCCAUCAUCAUAUACAAAGUUGCUGGAAGAAAACAUGAAGGAAGCUAUGUCUGUACCAACACCAAGCUCUGCACCAGUGAGAAGCAUCAGCACUGUGGAUCUGACUGAGAAGAGCAGCGUUGUCAUCCCUCCUCCUGACUACCUGGAGUGCCUGUCCAUGGGAGCCACCUCAGACAAGAGAGCAGACGCUCCCAAGAUGCCUUCUACUUCUACCUUCAAAGCCCCAGCGCCCAGACCGGAUGCCACGUCCACAUCUCCCAGUGACUCAAACGGAACCGCAAAGCCACCAUUCCUCAGUGGAGAAAACCCCUUUGCCACCGUGAAACUCCGGCCGACAGUGACCAAUGACCGAUCAGCACCGAUCAUCCGGUGAAGAUGCAGAGGACCCUGCAGGAGUGGUUCUCUCUCACCUGCAGGGCGAUAGGUCUUCGCUGCUGGACAAGUGCAGGCACUGACAAAGCCCACAGAGGGUGCCUGAUCUCAAUGAACCCCGACUUGAGCAAAUCAAUGUAUUUUCUGUUUGAUAGAGCUGGGCUUACACAAUUUUGUCUUUAAGGUAAAUGAGUAGCUUAGUGCAUAAAUGAAUCGUUUGAAGUGUUUUCUAUUUAAAAACAGUCAGUUUGGCUCCAGUUCUUUUUAAUUUUUAAGGAAACAGCCAGAUUAAGGGGUAGUAGGGGUAUGCUUUAGUGCCUGGCUUUCUGUAGCUGAAUGCAAGUAAGACCGGAGUUUUAUAAAAUAAAGCCUGUGUUCUUAAUGCAGUAUGAUGCUCAUCUAAAGCAAAUAUUGUGUAGGUUUGCAUCAGAGCAUGCAAAUCCAGUAAGCAAUGUAAAUUAUGAAACUAUAUUAAAUAUAAUUUUUUAAAUGAC